UUUUGGUUGGUUUUGCUUCUUUAAGAGCUGAAAGAUGAAGGUAGCUUCCUAGCUAGCUCAGCGCCGCCUGGAACAAGAACAAGGGAAGGGUGGCAUUUUGGAAGAAGGGCAUCUUCUUUAUCAAAAAUUCUUCCUUUCUUGUGUAUUUUGCUUAGUUCAUAUAUAUUAUUUGGCUCGCUGGUUCGUUUUGCCAUUCUAAGGUCAACAGCGAGAACUUUUUUACCUUGCUGAGAGGCUAUAAAAGAGCAACCUUCCCUUACAGAGAGAUAGAGCCAUAAGAGAGACAUAUAAAGGUGUUUGAAGAAAGUAGUAAGAGAAGAACCUUGUAAAGCCCGUCAUUGUAAACAAGGACAAGAAGCGAAGGGCCAGCCUUGUGCGGGGGAUAAAGUGAAAACUAAGAAGGAAGAAUGAAGUACAUCUUGGUGACAGGUGGUGUUGUCAGUGGACUUGGAAAAGGGGUCACAGCUAGUAGUAUUGGGCUCCUUCUCAAGGCUAGCGGUCUCAGAGUCACUUCAAUCAAGAUUGACCCUUACCUGAAUAUUGAUGCUGGGACAAUGUCUCCUUUUGAGCAUGGGGAGGUUUAUGUUUUAGACGAUGGUGGUGAGGUUGACCUUGAUUUGGGAAAUUAUGAGCGUUUCUUGGAUAUCAAAUUAACCCGUGACCACAAUAUCACUACUGGAAAAAUAUAUCAGUCGGUCAUUGAAAAGGAGAGAAGAGGAGAUUAUCUGGGAAAGACUGUCCAGGCUGUUCCACACUUAACAGAUGCCAUCCAAGAAUGGAUAGAGCGUGUAGCAAAUAUACCAGUUGAUGGAAAAGAAGGACCUGCUGAUGUUUGUGUUAUUGAAUUGGGCGGAACUAUUGGUGAUAUUGAGUCCAUGCCUUUUAUUGAGGCACUAGGCCAAUUUUCGUACCGCGUGGGUUCUGGCAACUUCUGUUUGGUUCAUGUCAGCCUAGUCCCUGUUCUUAAUGUUGUUGGUGAACAGAAAACAAAACCUACUCAGCACAGCGUCCGUCAACUUAGAGGAUUAGGUUUGGCCCCUCAUAUUCUAGCUUGUCGCAGCUCAAAGGCUCUCGAUAAGAAUGUCAAGGCAAAGUUGUCUCAGUUUUGCCAUGUACCGUUAUCAAACAUAGUUACGCUUCAUGAUGUUCCAAACAUUUGGCACAUUCCUUUGCUUUUAAGAGAUCAGAAGGCACAUGAGACAAUCUUUAAAGUAUUAAACUUGACAAGUGUUGCUACUGAGCCUAAUUUGGAGGAAUGGACUGAAAGAACAAGAGUUUAUGACUCACUGAAAGAACCUGUUAGGAUUGCAAUGGUUGGAAAAUACACCAGCCUUUCAGAUGCUUAUCUUUCUGUUUUGAAGGCGCUUUUGCAUGCUUCUGUUGCUUGUGAGCGUAAACUUAUUGUGGACUGGAUUUCAGCUGCGGAUCUGGAAGAUGCUACAUCUAAGGAGGAUCCUGAAGCACAUAAAGCUGCUUGGCGUCUUUUGAAGGGUGCUAAUGGGGUUCUGGUUCCUGGGGGUUUUGGUGAUAGAGGGGUGCAAGGGAAAAUCCUUGCAGCCAAGUAUGCCCGGGAAAAUAAUGUUCCAUAUUUGGGUAUUUGCCUGGGGAUGCAAAUUGCCGUCAUUGAGUUUGCACGAUCUGUUCUGGGUCUACAUGAUGCUAAUAGCACGGAGUUUGAUCCUGAAACAAAGACCCCCUGCAUUAUAUUUAUGCCAGAGGGCUCAAAGACUCAUAUGGGAGGGACCAUGCGUCUUGGUUCAAGGAGGACUCACUUCCAAGUUGCGGACUGCAAAUCUGCUAAGCUGUAUAAUGAUGCAAGUUUUAUUGAUGCACGACAUCGGCAUAGAUACGAGGUUAAUCCUGACAUGAUUUCACGGCUAGAAAAGGCUGGCCUGUCUUUUGUUGGCAAGGAUGAAAGUGGGAAGCGCAUGGAGAUAAUUGAACUUCCUGGUCAUCCUUUCUUUAUUGGCGUUCAAUUUCACCCAGAGUUCACAUCCAGGCCAGGGAAACCUUCCCCACCCUUCUUAGGGUUAAUAACAGCAGCAAGUGAGCCAAGAACAGUUCUACCAACAAGCAAUGGCCACGCUAGUAAGUUAAGUAAUGGGAAAUGUAGCAAUGGAUAUAGCAAUGGACAUUCACCAGUGCUGAGAGCACAACAUAAUGGAAAUGGGUUCAUACCUUCCAGUGGUUCCUUAAAUGCUGUAUAUGCCAAUGGCAAUGGUCACGUGUACGUGGAUUGAAGUUGCUGAUCAUCAUGUGGGUCUGCUUCAUCUUCUUACCUCUACAAUCUUUUGGUCUAAAUUUCUCGAAGGGCUUUCUCUUUUUGUGUCCUCGGUUACUCUGUACAGUCUAUUGAGCCGGUAGAGAGAUCUUUUGUCUCUAAAGGGAGAAACUUGAGAGACUUGACUCCAGCAUGAAGAAAAUUUUGAGUCUAACAGCAUUUAUAUUUUCCAAAAAGUAUAGGGGCUGAAGGUGUAAAAUUACCCUUGCAACCAAAAGUGUCUUGUUUUACUGAGUGGCCAUUGGUUUGAAGGAGAAUGUACACUGUUCUUUAGUUAUGUUAUGAACAAUGGACUUUGAUUCUGUUUGGUCUAGUUUUAUUUCUUGAUAAUGAAAUCAUAUCUUUCAUGUUA